CCUUAAACAGUUAUGUUCCUCCACUGACUUACAACCACCCAACAUUCCCAAAAACAUGGACCAAGGCAGAUGAGAGAGGUUUUGUUUUGUUCCCCUCUCUUUCUUGGAUCUCCCUACCAUGAUUAGGUGCAAUGCCUCUUCAAAAGUCAUUUUCGGAGCAACAUAAGCUCUCCAAGGUCAGCAAUUCAACAUCCAACAUACUAGCUACAGUGGAACAGUGUCCUAACAAGUCGCAGCGGCCCCAAUGGCAGAAAUCCAAGAGCUAUUCCGCCGCUGGCCCAUCUGCCCGGCCUCGCCCUCUUGUUCCAGUGUCAGAAGAGACCAAGAACAAGCUUCAACGAUUCCAGUUUCAGCCUCCCAGGGUUAAUACGCAAGAAUUCCCAAGCCCAGAAAGGACGAUUAACAGUGAGCAUGACGGCGAUAAAGGUCUCGAUUUGACUACCAUUGCCUUGGACGGCUCAAAUAAGGAAAACCACGGUGGUUCGACGCGAGAGGUCGAGUGCUCGCUGCCGUCGGGGAACCUCAACCAUGCCAAAACGCCAAUUGGCAGGCUUGCUUGGCAAGAUCUUUUGGGGGAGACACGUACGCCAAAGAAGGACGAAGAAGCCUCCCCGACCGAGAGGAUAAUGUGGCGUAAUGACCGAGAUAAGAUAUCAUCCGCCAUCUUCCCAAUGAUUUCUCGUCACGGUCGGAAACGUGCCCGAAGCUCGUCGCCAAUAUCAUCGCCCAGCAAUUCCAAGCCGACGACACCCGCUGUCAAUGUGAAGAAGUUAACGCAAGCAUUGAAGACGCCGCAUGCGGAUCCUGCCUUGGAGCUCUGGGACCGGUUCUCUCUCCCCGGAGAAGACCGGGACACGCCAUCAGGGUUGACGAAUCCUUUGCUUGCCCAGCUUAUGAUCUCCUCAUCUCCGCGACCGGUGAAAGAUGGAGGCACAACAACACAUGGCGAAAGCAGUUUGAGAAGAGCAUUUAGCUGUGGUUUACAUUGGCCAAAGCGCCGGAAACUCGACCGCUCGGGCCAAGACUCAUCCGUGACCUUCCAGGGAAGCCCCCGAGGAGAUUCGAAAUCGUCAAUGGUCUCAGCCUUGUUAGAGACGGUGACUGGGGAAAUCAACAAGUCGGACGACAUGGAAGCACGAAGCAGAGCACCAACGUCGCCGUCGCCGUCGCCGCAGAAGAAAAGCCAAACAAGGCGAGGCAAAGGCCGGGCCCGGGCAUCACCAACUAAGCUGUCUGCAACCUCGAGUCCUGUAUCACUUACGGAGCCGAACUGUAGUGGUGGAGACGGAGACCCUGGUGAACGCGGUUCGGCUGAUAAGCAAAGUUCCGACUAUGGAGAUGACGACUUCGACGACGAUACUCUUUUUGAACUUGACGCAGGCAUGGUUACCUUGAAGGGCGAUGAUGCGACUCUCGUAUCGGAAUUGGUCACCGCCCAAAAUGAUAUCGGGGACGCAGCUCAAGGAUCUGCCAAGCCAACCACAUUAGAUGACGGAUUUGACGAAGUAGAUGAUGAUCUAUUUGACGUUGCUGAGGAUAUGUUAGUCAUGGGGCCGCAGACUGCAUCAGAAGCCACCGAUCAAGGCUGCAGACAUGGUGGAAGGACUAAAUACGUCGCAAAACAAGAGGAGGAUGAUCCCUACGGCAAUGCUUUUAGCGGUGACUUCGACUUCGAAGCGGUGGAACUCGCCGCAACACAGCAGGCAAGCCGUACAAGGUCAUCAUUACCAUCAUUGCCCCAUGUACGUACGCCGAGCCAGAAACCGAAAGCAAUCCAGAGGUAUUUGGUGACUAGCGUCCUCGAGAGCACGUAUACGGACGAUUGGGAUCGUGAAGUUCCUGAAAAGAUCUUGGUUGUUCAAGCCGAGAGGACGAAGACGAUAAAAAUGAUCCAUCUGCGAGGAGACUGGUAUGAUACCCCGGCGAGUGUCAAGGCCUUUGUCCAUGUCAUUGGAGACCUCGAGUCCAACGGCCAGUGCAUCGUCGACAACGCUCAGAAUAUACUUAUCCUGCAUCCCGACCAGUUGAUCUCGUCGACGGUCAUUGCGGAUUCUUUCAGCUGCAUGCGUCGAGCAGUGCUCCAAGACAGGGUCAAGGCGAGCAGCACGCCCUCUGCGGCUCUGAUCUACGGCACAAUUCUCCACGAGAUCUUCCAGGAAGCCCUGACAACCAACAAGUGGGACCCAAGGUUCCUCGGCUCAGUCAUUGACAGGGCCCUUCGGAAACACGUCGAGGACCUAUACAUCAUCCAAGUCACGCUUGAAGCUGCGAGGGAGCAUCUAUUGUCCAAGAUGCCAGAGAUGAGGCACUGGGCUCAGGCAUUUAUUUCCCCCCAGCCUCGAGCAGAUGCCGUCGUCCAAGGUCGAAAUGGCGAAAAGGUCAACAUGUGUAUCAACAAACUGCUUGAUGUUGAAGAACACGUGUGGUCUCCGAUGUACGGCUUGAAGGGAAACAUCGAUGCCACCGUCCAAGUCACCAUGAAGGAGGGUAAGAAUACCAAGACCUUGACGGUCCCAUUCGAAGUCAAGAGUGGGAAGAACGUGAGCAGCAACCACCAGGCGCAGACGGCCCUGUACAACCUACUCCUUUCAGAUCGGUACGACAUCGAAAUCGUGUACGGCAUCUUGUAUUACAUGGAGACCUCACAAACCUUGAGAAUCCCUUCCGUACGGCACGAGCUCCGGCAUAUGAUAAUGCAGCGGAACCAGCUUGCGUGUCACAUCCGGGAGCGGAGUGUCCAACUGCCGCCGAUGAAAAAGGCCAAGAAUGCUUGUGGCAAGUGCUUCGCCCAGGCAUCAUGCUUCAUCUACCACAAAUUGGCGGACGACGGGGACGGAGAGACGAGCGGGAUGGGCUCGGUAUUCGAUGAUGCAGUUAGGCAUCUAGAGCCGCGCCACAAGGAGUUCUUCCUCAAAUGGGAAGAUCUUCUGACCAAGGAAGAGAGGGAGAGCCAGAAGCUCCGCCGAGAAUUAUGGACAAUGGUCAGCUUCGAGCGGGAGAAAGUUGGUAGAUGCUUCGCCAAUGUCAUCAUUCAGGAAGGCUCGGCAUCAGAGGACCUCGACAAACCCAAGAUCUUCCGCUUCCAGUACACCUUGAUUAAGGAGAAGGCCGUGUCAGGCUUUUCGUUUCUUGACUCGCAACUGACAGUUGGAGAACCAAUUGUCGUCUCCGACGAGCAGGGCCACUUCGCUCUGGCGCUCGGCUAUGUGAUAACGGUCAGAAAGCAUAGCAUCAGCGUUGCCGUCGACAGGCGGCUGCAUAACGCACGCAUUCGUCAACCAGGGUUCGACGAGGUGAACAACCAAGUCUUCGCCGGCAUCAUGGACGUUGUUCCCGAAGGUGCCAGACCCGAGGAAUCGCAAGGCAGGAUCGGGGAGGCUCCAGUCCGGUACAGACUUGACAAGGACGAGUUCAGCAGCGGCAUGGCUACCGUGCGCAACAACCUCGUCCAGGUCAUGACCGACGGCCCGCCGGGACCCCGACACAUCCGGCGACUAGUUGUUGACCUAGUUCCACCGAGGUUCAAGUCCGCCGCUACACAGUACGAGAUCACGGACGACGACGACAGCCUAAACGUCGACCAGAAGAAGGCGAUCGGAAAGGUCAUGAGCGCCAUGGAUUACGCACUGGUGCUGGGCAUGCCCGGAACGGGGAAGACGACUACCAUCGCACAUAUCAUUCGUGCCCUCAUCUCGCAGGGGAAGAGUGUACUCCUGACAUCGUACACGCACACUGCCGUGGACAACAUCCUGCUCAAACUGAAGAAGGAUAGCAUCCCGAUUCUCAGACUCGGCGCAGCUGCAAAGGUCCAUCCGGAAGUCCGCGAAUUCACGAUUCUCGAUGGUCAGCCGAAGACUUCAUUUGAAGAGAUCGAACAGGCCUGGCUUGGGACUCCGGUUGUCGCCACGACCUGCCUCGGGAUCAACCACGCCAUCUUCCAAAAGCGGACCUUCGACUACUGCAUCGUAGACGAGGCUUCCCAGAUCACCCUCCCCAUAUGCCUCGGGCCGAUCAGGAUGGCGCGCACCUUCGUCCUCGUCGGCGACCACAACCAGCUGCCCCCGCUGGUGCAGAACGAAGAGGCCCGCAUAGGCGGGCUCGACGUCUCCCUCUUCAAGCUGCUGUCCGACACACACCCGGACUCGGUCGUCAACCUCGAGCACCAGUACCGCAUGUGCGAGGACAUCAUGACGCUCUCCAACACGCUCAUCUACAGCGGCCGCCUCAAGUGCGGCACCGAGGCGCUACGCCACCACAAACUACACAUCCCCAACAUGGCGGCCCUCUCGCAACUACACUACAACGCAGCGACCUUCCUCUCGGCCUCCCAGGCCGCGGCAGCAGCAGCCGCGACACCCGGACAACAGCGACAGCCCGGCGUGCCGCGAUCGUUCUGCGCGUCGGCGCGGCCGGGCAGCUGCUGGCUGCGCGACCUCGUCGACCCGUCGGCGCGGGUGCGGUUCGUCAACACGGACGGCCUCCUCCCGCUCAGCCGCGAGGAGGCGCGCGGCAGCCGCAUCGUCAACCCGUGCGAGGCGCGGCUGGUGGCGCGGCUGGUGGGCGCGCUGGUCGCGACGGGGGUGCCCGCGGCCGAGAUCGGCGUCAUGACGCACUACCGGUCGCAGCUGGCGCUGCUGAGGCACCACCUGCGCGGCGGCGGCGAGGCCGUCGAGAUGCACACGGCGGACCGGUUCCAGGGCCGCGACAAGGAGGUGGUGGUGCUGAGCCUGGUGCGGUCCAACGAGGCGCGCGGCAUAGGCGAGCUGCUGCGCGACUGGCGGCGCAUCAACGUGGCGUUCACGCGGGCCAAGACGAAGCUGCUCGUCGUCGGGAGCAGGGACACGCUGCGCGGAGGGAGCGGCGGCGACGACGGCGGGAUGCUCGCCCGGUUCGUCGAGCUGAUGGAGGAGAGGCGGUGGGUCUACGACCUGCCCGCCGACGCGCUGGAGAGCCACGUCUUCGACGACGACGCGGCCGGGGGCAUGACUACGCAGGGGGCGGGGGCGGGUGCGUCGGUGCCCACGGCGUCGUCGUCGUCGUCGUCGUCGUCAUCCUCGAAGGCGGUGAAGUGGCCCACGAAGAGGGUGGGGGCGAGGCUGGUGUCGCCGAAGAAGAUGAUGGCCGCGGCUGCCCCCGGUGGGAAGGAGAACAUCCGGCCCGGGCCGAGGAGGGCUAGGAUUGGGGAGAGGGCGCUCUUGAAGGGGAAACCCGUGCUGCGGGAUAUACUUAACGACAUGAUGGGGGGCACGUACUAGAUCAAUGUGUCUUUUGGGUUUGUUUUUUAACUUGGCAUUGGCGGUUUGGGACGUAUGGAGCAUUCACAUUGCAUACAUUCAUUGUAUAUGGUUCCCGGACACACAAGUUUGUAUAGAUAGACGAAGACAAGUCUCUCAUAGGGUAUGGCGCCGUAGGAGGUACGGAUACAUGUACAUGAUUGGGUCAGUCCUCCUUGUCGUCAGAAUCGCUAUCCGAUCGGUCGUCGAACCUGGCCAUUCCGUUGAAGUAAGUAGAUGUUCUCGACCGGAGUCUACAUGGUUCGGGAAGGACUCACCCUUGUUCGCCGAC